AAUUAAAAGCCGAGGAAGACGACCCCAUCAAUCUCUCUGAUUCUCUCCUUUUGGCCCUCGUUGUCUUCUUCGCCGCCAUUUCGAUGGGAUCUAACGCCGAACUCGAAGUGCCCACCACGACCAAGAUUCCCCAGACGCAGUACGAGGAAGAUGGUGAAGACGAUGAAGUCGGGGACUUGGAGAGGAAAGCGCCGUCGCUUCGCCGGGAGAAGAGGACCAUUAGUACGGACAGCAGCACCAUCACCGUCACCACCAGUGGAUCGUCUUCUUCGAGCUCUUCUUCCUCUGAUGGUACGGACAGUUUCUGUGCGGAUGUGCCCAACGUGAAGGAGCUUAGCGUUGACCAGAGCGACUCGGUGGCGGCGGAGAAUUCGCCGGCUCCUGAGUUGCCGGAGCAAGACAAGGAACUUGGGUUUCACGGGGAGCACAGUGACGAGAAGAAUGGCAGCGUUUACUUCGACGGAGAACAAGGAAUUUGGAAAUGUCACCACUGCGAUUGGACCUGCAGAGAGGAAUCUGUGUUAUGGUUCGAAUCCAAAGGUUUGGAGUCAAAUGGAGCUAGCGGUGCAGAAACUGAUGCCCUCGAAUUCCAGGCUGAUGAAAAAUUGAAUCCAGAUGCUGAAAACGGUUUGAUUGCUGAAGUCAAUGAGCCAUCCCGUGAAAUAGAGGAAAUCGGGACGAGUGAUUCGUCUGAAGUUCCCAAGGUGGGUGGUCAACUUGAUGAGGACGUGAUAGAAGAUGAGGUGGACAUUGAAGCAGACGAUUAUGGCGUGGAGAAGGUGCUGGAGAAUCAAGAAACACAUGAUCUGUACUGUCCCAACUGCAAUUCUUGCAUCACAAAAAGGGUUGUCCUGAAGAGAAGGAAAAGGAAGAUCCGUCACGUUCUGGGAGAUGCAAAGCGAGAGAGACUGGACAUUACUCCAGAGGAUCCUAUGCGUUCAGGCGAUAAUGAGCCACCUGCCCAAGACCCCGUCGAUGUACCCUAUCUAUUACGGUGCUUGUCAUGCUUCAGCAUAUUUUUGCCUUCAGGAGAAUGUUUCAAGCGGUUUCCUUCCACCAAAGAGGUUAAGGAGAACGAGACACCGUUACUUUCUCAACAUCUGCCUGCGGCUGCAGACAAGCCAAAUUGGUUCCUUUCGCUGUUUGGCCAUAAAAAGAAAGAGACAGCUCUCGAGGAAGGUGGCGUACGGGGUACUGCCCCUCAAGUUGACCCACAGGAUAAGCUCCACGCUUCACUUGACGCUCGGGAAGAUGUUCAUGGUGGUGCCACCACUUCGACUCAAGGUGGAGAAGCAGCCAGCGGUUCUGGAGUUAACCUACCACCUUCUUCGGAAAAAAACGGGACAGCUUCUGAUGUGAAUGAACAGUUGGAAACCGGAGUUCCUGUUCAGCAUGUAGACACCGCUUUCACUCGAGAUCAAAAACAAGUUGAUACAGAGUCAAAUGAUACUACCCUCAAAUCUGUUGAUGAUGGAGUAGAGGCCACUGGGCUCGGGUUUCUGGCUGCUUUAGCGGGUAAGGAUGAAAAUCUCUCAAGUGGGAACAAGCCGUCGGAUAAAGUAAGUCUCUGGCCAAUUCCACCGUAUGAAAAAAUGGAAGAAUCUGGCAAUGUUACCGUUGGACACGUUGAAAUAAACAUAGAUCCUAAGCUUCCUAUGAUCGAGGGUUCAAAGCCGAUCGAUUCUUGGACAGCAAAGUCAGAUUCUUCUGCUACAAAUGAUAAUGACACAGGGGGCAACUUAGAAAUUGUUUCUGAUCAUGGAGGAGACCUCGAAACUGAACACCCCGAGAAUCGUAAUGACAACCUUACGGACGCUUUGCUCGGAGACAAGAACUUAACGCCAUCAUCACGCGUGGAAGUCGGGGAUGGCCAUAAACUGGAAAUCUUGAAAAGUAUUGUAUAUGGAGGUCUAAUAGAAUCCAUUACAAGCCUUGGUGUUAUAUCAUCUGCAGCUGGAUCUGGUGCUUCAACUUUGAAUAUUUUGGUUUUAGGGCUCGCAAACUUGGUUGGUGGGCUAAUCCUCAUUGUUCAUAAUCUUCAAGAACUUAGAGAAGAUAACACCAGAACGACGGAAACCGAUGGUAACCAGAUUGAUGAACAAGAACAAGAUCGGUACAAACGUCUACUAGGAAGAAGAGAAAACUUCAGGCUUCAUGCUACUGUUGCAAUCUUAUCCUUCAUUAUCGUCGGAUUAAUCCCUCCUGCUGUGUACGGUUUCUCGUUCCGGAAAUCAGACAACAGAGACUACAAAGCCGUAUCAGUUCUUGCGGCAUCUCUGGUGUGCGUCAUCUUACUCGCCAUAGCGAAAGCUCACGUCAAGACACCGAGAGGUUCCUAUCUCAAGAGCGUGUUGUAUUACACGACCAUAGCAAUCUCGGCCUCGAGUGUUUCGUUCUUCGUGGGCAACAUCGUGAGCGAAUGGCUCGAGAAGUACGGAUGGUCGGAUGGUUCUGAGAAUCCAGCACAACUGAAACUGAUGCUUCCUCUUCUGGGAAGAAAAGGGGGUUUCGACCGUUCAUCUUACUGAACGCGAAUCUGGUCGGAGAUUUGAAAAAGAUGGCUCCUUUCUCUCUGUUUCGUGAGCUUAGAGAUACUUUGUCUUGGCGGGCAAAUCUUUGUCUGGUUUGUUUAAACUUGUUUUCUGUUUCUGUCUCUUCUAGCAUGGGGGACAACACUUUUUUUUUUCCUGUGUUUUUUUUUUUGCAGAUCAGACGACGACGUUUUAAGAUCUCAUACGCUUUUCAUCUUCCUGAGUUCUUUUUCUUCUUUUUGAUUUUUUUUAUUUGUUUCUUCAUCAUCGCCUUUAUCCUUUACAUUUGCCGCAAAAACUGUAUCCCUCUUCCACAUGUUGUAAUAAUGGCGGAAUCAAAGUUUGGGUCUUUAUCCUAAACCCACCUGGAAAUGUUGGUCGCCAUCUUCUGAGCUUUUGGGUCUUUUAGUUUC